AUGGCAGCUAAAAACAGAAAGAGGCUCAUCAAUUCACAACCGAGAAACAUCAUUAACAACAACAACAACAUGGAGGACGUGGGAGAGGAUAGGAUUAGCAAACUGCCUGAAUCUUUGAUUCAGCAUGUACUCUCAUUUCUUCCAACCAAAUGUGCUGUUUCGACUACCGUUUUAUCUAAAACAUGGAAAAAUCUAUGGAAAUUCUGUCUCAAUCUUGACAUUAGACACUUUGAUGGGAACCUGGUGAGGGAGUGGAUUACUGCCUUGAUAAAACGUAAAGUUGAAGAGCUUGUUCUUAACGUGCCUUUCCCGAAACCCAAUAUGGUUUCCCAAAACCUUAUCACUUGUGAAUCACUGACAAUGUUGGAUCUCAAUUUUCAAUGCCAACAUGUUCUUGAUAUCCCACAGUCAAUAUGUUUACCAAAGCUUAAGUAUCCAUCGAGUAUGGUGGCGGGCUACCGAGUGACUUUUAUUGUGGGUAACAUUCCGUCACUAGUUGAAGUAGAUUUUCGCAAUGCUCGUGAUAACGGAACCAGUACACUAGAAUCCUUAUCUGAGUUCAUAAAAAUGUGUUCUGGUAUAAAGCUCCUAAAAGCGUCAAGAGAGUAUUUUCAGGUACAUUUUCUCAAAGAAGUCAAUGAGUUGGUCUUAAAUCCAUCACCUCAUUGCUUGUUGUCACGCCUCGGGUCAAUUGAACUUCGAAUUUAUGAAAGGUACCCAGAGGAUAUGGAGGUGGUUAAAUUGUUAUUGAAGUAUGCUCGAGUCCUUGAAAUGGUGAUUAUUAGUGGAAGACGCUUCCUAAAUCCUUCAUCCGAGAUGUUUCAGCAGUUACAAAAUUUUCCAAGGGCUUCAACUCAUUGUAGUUUUCAGUUGCUGGAGUAA